AUGGGUCGACAAUACCUCAAGGAAGUUACUGGUUUGCCUGGAGUUGAGCCAUCUCCUAGAGCCGACGUGCCUCUCAUCGUUGAAGAAGUGAUUAGGUCCAUUCGCCAGGAGGGCGAUGUCGCUGUGAGGAGAUAUUCCGAAAAGUUUGACAAGUGGUCACCACAGAGCUUCAAACUGUCUCAGACUGAUAUUGAGGCUGCGAUUGCCAGUUGUCCCAAGCAAACCAUUGACGAUAUUAAGGAAGUCCAAUUGAAUGUGAGGGCCUUUGCUGAAGCGCAGAAAGCUUCCCUCAAGGACUUUGAGAUCGAAAUCCGACCUGGAGUGCAUCUAGGACAAAAGAAUGUUCCAAUUGAUAAUGUCGGGGCAUAUAUCCCCGGCGGACGAUAUCCCCUCCUUGCAUCGGCACAUAUGACCAUUUUGACUGCCAAGGUUGCUGGUGUCAAGAAUGUCAUCGCCUGUACGCCGCCAAUCAAUGGUAAAAUUCCGUAUAGCACUGUCGCCGCUAUGCACUUGGCAGGUGCCGACGAAAUAUUCCUCCUAGGAGGUGUUCAGGCAGUGGCUGCUAUGGCAGUGGGUACGGAGACCAUUCAGAAGGUGGAUUUCCUUGCGGGACCAGGCAAUGCUUUUGUGGCCGAGGGCAAGAGACAGCUCUUUGGAGAAGUGGGCAUCGACCUCUUCGCUGGUCCCACCGAGAUUUUGAUCUUGGCCGACGAUACUGCCUCUGCCUUCACUGUGGCAACGGAUUUGAUCUCUCAGGCGGAGCAUGGCCCCGAUACCCCUGCUGUGCUAAUCACAACCAGCUUAGAGCUUGGGCGCAACACCAUAGAUAUUGUGGACAAUCUCCUUAACUCUUCCGAUUUGUCGACUGCGGCGGUCGCCAAGACAUCAUGGGAGGCCUUUGGAGAAGUUAUAGUAGUUGACACCAUGGACGAAUUGUGGGAGCUUGGCAACCGGUAUGCGAGCGAGCACGUCCAGGUCUUCACCCGGAAUCCGCGUGAUGCAUUGGAGCGGAUGACCAACUAUGGUGCCUUGUUUCUUGGUGAAAAAACAUGUGUUUCUUUUGGAGAUAAGGUUAUCGGUACUAAUCACGUCCUGCCUACACGCACCGCCUCCCGUUACACAGGUGGUCUGUGGGUUGGCAAGUACCUGAAAACCUGUACCUACCAAGAGGUCACUUCUGACGAAGCCAGUGGAGGUCUUGGCCGACUCUGUGGAAGGGCUGCCCGAGCAGAAAACUUCGAAGGACAUGCACGCUCUGGUGAUCUUCGUGCCUACAAGUACAAAAAAGAUGGGUUUGAGUGGAUCGGAAAGUCACAAGCGGGAAGCGGGAGCCGUCUAUAA